GCGCGCCUUCGCCGGGGAGGGCUCGCGCGUAACCACCCCUGCCCGGCCACGAGAGCGCGCGCGUGGCUGCCCGGGGCCGAAGCUUGGGAGGAAAGGGGGCAGCGCCACAGUCGCUCUCGCGGGCAGUAAUUAGAAGACAGCAAGAUGGAGGUUUUUUUAAAGGGACUCCUUAUCCAAGUUAUCCUUUCUUGAUGAUCCCAGAGCUGGGAAGCCCUUACCUUCCUAGUGGAGCCUUGUCUCCAAGUGGUGCUCGAACAUAUCUUCAGGUGAAAUGGCCACUUCUAGAUGUACCAGCUGGAGCGACACUAAAGGAUGCAAGAUCUCCCUCUCCUGCCCACUUAUCCAACAAAGUCCCUGUAGUUCAACAUCCACAUCACAUGCACCCCCUGACACCACUCAUCACCUAUAGCAAUGAUCACUUUUCACCAAGUUCACCACCUUCCCACCUCUCCCCAGAGAUUGACCCAAAGACAGGAAUUCCACGACCACCCCACCCUUCAGAACUCUCUCCUUAUUAUCCAUUGUCUUCUGGUGCCAUUGGACAAAUUCCUCAUCCUUUGGGAUGGCUCGUACCACAGCAAGGGCAGCCAGUGUAUUCCAUUCCUCCAGGUGGGUUUAGACAUCCAUAUCCUGCCUUGGCCAUGAAUGCCUCAAUGUCCAGCUUGAUGUCUAGCAGGUUUUCCCCUCAUAUGGUUCCUCCUCCUGCACAUGGAAUUCAUCCCUCAGGAAUCCCACACCCCACCAUCGUGUCGCCUAUUGUUAAACAAGAGCCGACACUGUCCAGCCUGAGUCCUGAAGGAAGCUCAAAAACACCUGUUAUUGUCAAAAAGGAAGAGGAGAAGAAGCCCCAUAUAAAAAAGCCUCUGAAUGCAUUCAUGUUGUACAUGAAGGAAAUGCGCGCCAAGGUUGUGGCAGAGUGUACGUUGAAGGAGAGUGCCGCUAUCAACCAGAUCCUAGGAAGACGGUGGCAUUCGUUGUCCCGUGAAGAGCAAGCCAAAUACUAUGAGUUAGCACGGAAGGAACGACAGCUUCAUUCUCAACUCUACCCCACUUGGUCUGCCCGAGAUAACUAUGGUAAGAAAAAGAAAAGAAAAAGAGAGAAACAAACUCAGCAACACAUCCAGGAAACAGGAAAUCCAAUGGCUUCGAAGAGCAAGAAGCCCUGCAUGCCAUACCUGUCAGCUGACAAGUCCUGUGACAGCCCUGCGUCCUCUCAUGGCAGCAUGUUAGAUUCUCCAGCCACCCCCUCCACUGCCUUGGCAUCACCCGCAGCGCCCGCUGCCACCCACUCUGAGCAAGCACAGCCCCUCUCCUUGACCACCAAACCCGAAGCCAGGGCUCAGCUGUCUCUGCACUCAGCGUCUUUCCUGCCCAGCAAGGCUGCUUCCUCUUCCUCAAGCCUCACCAGCCAGUCUCCUCUCCUCUCCAGGGCUCUGCCCUUCACCUCCAUGCCCCCCACGGCGCUUCUGACUACGCCUCCGACUUUUGCAGCCAUUUCGUCUUCUCAGGCCGCCCUGGCUAUGUUGCAGGCCCAGCCGCUCUCCUUGGUAACCAAACCAGCCGAAUGAGGAAGCUUCCCCAACCUCCGUCUGUCUCCCUGUUAAAAACCCCAAGUUGAGAUGACGAAGCAGACAAAGCCAUUUAUUGGUCAAUAUUUGACCCUUUCUGAACUCUUCCGUAAGGUGACUCUUGAGGAAGAAAGUGCUCUACUCUCAGAGUUGUUUUCAGUAGUCUGUCUGAAGACCAUUUUUUUAUUGUUAUUUUUUAGAAACCCACCACCACAAGAAAAAAAUACUACUUUUUAACAAAACCCUGAAAAGAAUGAAAAACAAAAAACACAAGCCGAGUCCAGUGUUUCUAUCAUUGCCUCAGGCAUGUAGACUUGUACAGGUGGAUCAUCUCUCAAUGGCGUUUGCAUGUUUUGAUAUCUUGCUAACUUUUGCUAUCUCCCAUUCCCUUGGCAAGACCAUGUUUUAUAUGACUUCUCCCCUCAUCCCACUCUUCCAUCCUUUUUCUAAGAGACUGGCAAUAUGUACCAGAAGACACAGUACCACAGAUAUAGUACCUCACGGUCGUAUUCAGAACUGCCGAGCCUCGGGGAGGCCAAAUAGAUUUCUUGUAAUCUGGAGUGACUGUCCGGGAAAAUGGUAGGACAAUCCAUCCUAUUUCCUUACAGAAUUAUUUUCUGUAGCAGGCAGUAGGGGAAUAGGCUUUGGGAAAUUCCAUGUUAUUUUAAAUAAGGAAAAUAAAUUUGCAUCCUAA